CCUGAAGCUGUUCUUGGCUUAUGUUACGGAACAGGCUUGGAAGUUGAGGAUUCUCGAUGGCACCCGGAGGAUAAUCUUCAUUGCGAGAACAGUGGCUCCACUAAGCCAAAUUAUUGCGGAGAACGAUGCAAGCGGUUAGCUGAGGAGCGUCAACACUUGGAAGCUGAACUGCGGAGAGCCCAGGAAUAUGAAAAAGCUCUAGACCAAUCUUUAAAAGAGGAAGCGAGUUUUCGGGAAUACCUCAAUGCGGAGAGUAGGCGCCGCAUCGAAAUGAACAAUGAGAUCUCCCGAGCUCUUGAAGAAGAGAACAAGAUUCUGGUUGCUCGAAUCCGUGCGUAUCUGCCUUCCUACGAGAUGACAGAUCUGACCGCUGAUAUGCCCAUCACAAGUGAGAGCGAUGCCGCAGGAAGCGAAUGA